AUGUCAGCAAAGUCAGGCUCCAGUGGACCUGUGCUAGCCCCAGCACAGUCUCAGCAGGCGGUCGUAGUUGAAGUAGCGGCAAGCUCAUCACCAGUCGAGGUGAUAUCUGCCAUCGUCAGCUCAGCAGCUACUCCACCCCCGCGAACGAGCAACCCGAACCGCUGGCUGCAAAUAGGGUUCUUCUUUGUGCUCGUCUUUGCCUGUAUCGUCUACUUCCGCGAGGAGAUCUACACCUUCACAACAGACAUUCACAAGUACCCUAUCUUGUCGGUGGUGGAGGCGCUCCAAGUGCGCAAGUACCUAGGAUCUGGGUGGACCUUCGGAACAGGGCAGGACGCCGUUACCGCGAUUGGCGACGAAAAGAGCCUGGAACUGCUCUCAUCCAACAUGACGUUAAUGCCUCUCACCAGCUCCCCGACGGAUAUCGCGCAUUGA